AUGCCCAAAGGUGAAGACCUCGAAGCUUGGCCAACAGCUGAAAUCAAUGCAAAAGCAUUUGCCGCUUUGAUUCCUGGACGAUACUUUGGUGAUGCAUCUUCUCAACUGAACAGCAUCGCAUUCAGUCGAACCGGAUUACAAGCAAUUGUUUCAACAAACGAUGAUUCAAUUUAUUUGUAUGAUUUGAGUACUGGACACCGAGCAAGAACUGUGAAUAGCAAGAAAUAUGGAGCUUCGCAUAUCAGAUUUGUUGCUGAUGCAACUUGUGCGAUUCAUGGAAGUACUAAAAUCGAUCGUGAGUUAUCUUUGAGAAAUUCGUUUUCAGAAAAAAGCACACAUAACUUUUUUCAGAUACAAUUCGCUAUUUAUCCCUUAUUGACAACAAAUACAUUCGCUAUUACGUUGGUCACGAAGGACUCGUCACUGGGAUCAGCACCUCCGCCAAUGAUGACAUGUUUCUAUCAGUCAGCAAAGAUAAAACUCUUCGUCUCUGGGAUUCGCGUGCCACAAAUUGCGUGGGAGCAGUUGAGACGUCAGCACCUGCAACUGCCGAAUUUGAUGCACAAGGCCUUUGCUUCGGCCUCGCAUUUUCUGGAACUUUGAGAUUAUAUGAUUAUCGUGCUUAUCAAAAAGGUCCAUUCUCAAAGUUUGUUGUUCCAGCGGAAUGGUCAACUGAAGAUUGGGUGGCGAUUAGAUUCUCAUCUUGCGGAACAUUGAUUUUGAUUUGUACUGACAUCGACAAACUUCUCCUUCUUGAUGCUGUUACUGGAGAAAUAAAACAUGUUCUUCAAGGACAUCUCAACAAACCGGUCAGUUUUUUUCUGAUUUGGAAGAUUUUUUGUGAAAAAUCUAGGAAAGCAGAGCAAUUUACAUAAAUCCAUUAUUCCAGAGAUUCCCAUUGAAGGGUUCAUUCUCACCGGAUUCGAGAUAUGUUGCCUGCGGAAGUAGUGACAAAAAAAUUCACAUUUGGUCAACGGAAACUGGUGAAAUGGUGCACAGUUUUGUUAAAACACCACAUCAGUCUGCACCAUUGAUUGUUGAAUGGAACCCGGCAUUCAUUUCAUUUUUGUCAGCUGACAAAAAACUUAUUCUCUGGAAUCCAGUACUUGAGGAUAUGGAAGAAGAAGAGCAAGCUGAUAAAACUGAAUAA